GCGUGAUGGCGUCAUGUGGCGGGGACUUAGGCGGCGGGAAGAGCCGGCGGAAGAAUGGAGGUGCCGGAGGGACUCCGUGGCGCGGGCGAGUCCGGGGCUCAGGGCUCUGCCCCUGCCCCCACCAAGGCCUCCGGCAGCGCCGGCCACUACGAACUGCCGUGGGUUGAAAAAUAUAGACCAGUAAAAUUGAAUGAAAUUGUCGGGAAUGAAGACACCGUAAGUAGGCUAGAGGUCUUUGCAAGAGAAGGGAAUGUACCUAAUAUUAUCAUCGCGGGGCCCCCGGGAACUGGCAAAACCACAAGCAUUCUGUGUUUGGCACGAGCCCUUCUGGGCCCAGCUCUCAAGGACGCCGUUUUGGAACUCAAUGCCUCAAAUGACAGGGGCAUUGAUGUUGUGAGGAACAAAAUCAAAAUGUUUGCCCAACAGAAAGUCACCCUUCCCAGAGGGCGACACAAGAUCAUCAUCCUGGAUGAAGCAGACAGCAUGACUGAUGGAGCCCAGCAAGCCUUGAGGAGAACCAUGGAAAUCUACUCCAAAACGACACGCUUUGCGCUUGCUUGCAAUGCUUCAGAUAAAAUCAUAGAGCCCAUUCAGUCAAGGUGCGCCGUCCUCCGCUACACCAAGCUGACUGAUGCCCAGAUCCUUGCAAGGUUAAUGAAUGUGAUCGAGAAGGAGAAGGUGCAGCACACCGACGAUGGUCUGGAAGCCAUUAUCUUCACCGCCCAGGGAGACAUGAGGCAGGCACUGAACAACUUGCAGUCCACUUUCUCAGGAUUCGGCUUUAUUAACAGUGAGAAUGUGUUCAAGGUCUGCGAUGAGCCCCACCCCCUGCUGGUGAAGGAGAUGAUCCAGCACUGUGUGAAGGCCAAUAUCGACGAAGCCUACAAGAUUCUCGCUCACCUGUGGCAUCUCGGCUAUUCACCGGAAGACAUCAUUGGCAACAUUUUUCGAGUGUGUAAAACCUUCCAAAUGGCAGAAUAUUUGAAACUGGAGUUUAUUAAGGAAAUUGGAUAUACUCAUAUGAAAAUAGCGGAAGGUGUGAACUCCCUCCUGCAGAUGGCAGGGCUCCUGGCCAGGCUGUGUCAGAAGACAAUGGCCCCAGUGGCCAGUUAGAUGACGAGCUCAUGGACUGGGUUCCGAGAAUCCCAGAAAGAGGAGUCCCAGCCUUUUGCUCUGGGAGAAGAUGCUGCCCCGAUGGCCCUGGAACGCGCCUUCCUCUAACACGCUGUGCAUGGGCUUCCCGGUGCUUCCACACAGACCCAUGAGCGUCUGCACUCAGCUCCAGACUUAGGGAUGUGGUGACGGGGGUGGGGGCGUGGGGCAGAGAACCUUCGGGGCAGGGCACCCAGUCUGGGCGUGUGUUGGCAUUUUAGCUGAUAAAACUACAAUGUUGUUGGCCAUAAUGUGGCAACAAAAGGCCGCAAGGAGAGCCAGCUUUUUGUCUCUGUGCAUGCUUCUUGCCUCCUAAUAAAAAAGGUGAUUUAGAUAAUA